GAGAGUUUUAGCACCGUUCAGGUCCCCCCUUUUCCUUCCCUUGCUUCUGAAUAAAUAUUCUUCACCAUGGCCGCCGAAGCUGAAGACAGACCUGGGGUGCCCUCUGCCCAUUCCUCGAUCACUCUCCCACCCGAUGCAAAGCCGAAUAACAUUUCGCUAGGUCAUGGAGAAUCUGCCAUUCCCACUGACACAAAGGAGGAAGAGAUUGAGCGGCAUGAGGACAGCUGGGAGGACGAUCCCAGAAAUCCUCGGAAUUGGGCUCUGAGGAAGAAAUGGAUCACAGUAUCAAUCGUUUCUCUCUAUACAUUUCUCUCGCCACUCGCUAGUUCCAUGAUGGCGCCAGGUCUACCGCUUCUAGCAGUGCGAUAUCAGAUCACCAAUGAGACCGUCAUCCCUCUGACACUCAGCAUCUUCCUGAUCGCCUUCGCCCUUGGGCCUUUAAUUCUAGCCCCAUUGUCAGAGAUGUACGGUCGUACAUGGGUACUGCACACUGGAAACUUGCUUUCCCUGGCUUUUAAUAUGGGGUGCGCGUAUGCGCCUAACGCGGAGGUUUUGAUUGGGUUCCGGUUCCUCUCUGGGCUAUCGGGAUCUGCACCUAUAGCGUGUGGCGGAGGAACCAUUGGAGAUCUCUUCUCAGAGCGUGACCGUGCUUCUGCCAUGGCUCUUUACAGUCUUGGCCCGCUCCUUGGCCCUGCAAUUGGCCCCGUCGCCGGCGGUUUCAUCGCUAAUUCGAUAGGUACCAAAUAUGUCUUUGUGAUCAUCUCAGGAUUAUGUCUGUUGUCCGCCGUACUUGCGUUGCCGCUGCUGGAGGAAACCUACUCGCCGGUAAUCCGAAAGCGUCUUACUAAACGCCCGGGCGACCCCGAGAAGGCAGCGCAUUUCCACCUUCCCACUGCACAAACGAGCAAAUUGGAGUAUCUGUGGGUCAAUAUUUCGAGGCCCAUCAUUUUACUCUUUCGGAGUUUUAUCUGCUUCAUUCUGAGUCUGUACAUGGCGUUCAUGUAUGGAAUCUACUACCUGAUGUUUACGACAUUCCCGAUGGUUUUUAAUGACAUAUACGGCUUCAACACCGGUGUCGGAGGACUUGUAUACCUUGGAAUAGGCUUCGGUUUUUUUGCUGCUUCAGCAUUCGGUGCUAAAACUGCUGAUCAGAUCUACCACUACUUAGCAAAGAGGAACAACGACGGCGUCGGUAAACCUGAAAUGCGUAUUCCUGCUUUGUUCUUUGGAUCCUUUUUUGUGCCUAUUGGGUUAUUCUGGUAUGGAUGGUCUGCCCAGGCCCAUGUUCACUGGAUUAUGCCGAUCGUUGGUUCUGGUAUUUUCGGAUUUGGUGCGAUGACAACAUUCAUUCCCAUACAACUAUAUCUUGUUGAUACGUUCAAGUAUGCCGCUAGCGCACUUGCUGCUGCAUCGGUCUUCCGUUCUUUACUGGGUUUCGCAUUCCCUUUGUUCGGUGGACAGAUGUUUAACGUCCUCGGACUUGGAGGCGGAAACUCAUUAUUGGCUGGCUUAAGCAUCCUCCUAGGCAUUCCAUUCCCUGUAUGGAUCUACUACAGGGGAGAAGCCGUUCGGCUGAAUAGUGACUUAAGUCGCUGAGGUUGGUUCAUCAUAACGUUUACAGUCCUCUGGGUGGAUUUUCGGGUCAGGUUUAGAUAUUACAGGCUAUGUGAAAAGUACGCCAGUCAAGUUUGAUUGCAUUCAGUUACGUAAAAAUCACUGUCUAUAACUAUCAACGAGGAUCAUUUGGUCUACGAGAA